AGACGUGAUUCCUCGGGAAAGGCCCAAUCAAACCCCCACUGCACUCUUUCUCUUUCUCCUUUGUCAGCACCGCGACCCCCUGCGGCUCGACCGUUGCUUUGAUUCUGCUGCGAUACGCGUGUGCCGAACUGCCCCUCCUGCACGGGGACACACACACCAACAGAAAGCCGUCUCGGCUCCGUCCAGGCAAUGCCAGGCUCACCGCGCAGCGGUCACACCAACAGCCGUGAGGAGGCGGACGACGCGCAGGGCCACCAAAGCAUGGCCGAUGCUCCCGCGGCGCCGGUGGACACGGCGGUGCGCUACGUCCACCCCGAGGCGGCCCGCUUCUUCGCUUCCUGCCCGUGGGCGCGCCAGAUCCCCAUCUUCGGCGAGGCCGUGGAAGGCUUCGGAUGGCGGAUGGUGAUCGCGCUGGGUGGCAGCUACCUCUUCUGUAAGGGCAUCGCAGAUCAGAUUCUCACCAAUCAAACCUUCGCCAUGAUGAGGGUCCGUUACGGCAUCUCGGCGGACAGGUACCAGCGUCUCUACCCCAUCUCGACGAUGGGCUGGUCCAUCAAGGCGUUCAGCGCCAUGAUGUGCGACGGCUUCGCCUUCCUCGGCUACACGAAGCGCUGGUACAUGUUCGUGUCGUGCGUGGCCGGUGCCGUGUUCGCGCUUGUGUACGGCCUGCUGCCCGCCAAGGCGAGCUCCGCCGAUACCGCUGCCGCCUUCAUCUUCCUGUCGUGCUACGGUAAGGCGAACGUGGACAUCCUGUCGGAGGGCCACUACAGCCGCCUCAUGCGCGGUAACCCGAAGGCCGGUCCGGCACUGAUCAGCUGGAUCUGGGUGUGGGUGCUGGUCGGUGCAGUCAUUGCCACGGUGAUGAACGGCCCGCUGGCCGACCUGGGCAAGCCGCAGAUCAGCAUCUUCGUGUCUGCCGCCUUGCAGUUCAUCACGUGUUUCUUCCACCUAUUUAACAUGUACGGCGAGAAGAAGAACCGCGUGCAGCGCUCCGAGGAUGCGCUGUACAUGCUGGAGGAGACCCGCAAGGAGCGCGAGCGGCUUGGCCUGGCGACGGGUGCGGACGACCUCGGUGUGAACGCGCCGGCCCCUGAAAAGAAGCCGUACCCGGAGCACUCCAGCGCGGAGGACGCGGAGGCGGCGGUGCAGGACGCGCUUGGGGACGAGCUCGUGCAGAGCCACUACAGCGAGGAGGACAACGGUGACGACGAGGCGGAGGUGUACUACGGUGAGCCGCCCGUUCCCUGCCUGUUCGGCGUCUUCGAGAUGAACAAGGAGGUGAUCUCGGACAACUGGCGCAUCUUUGCCUACUCGAUCGUCAUCACGUGCGCGGUGGUGGCCAUGCUGUGCGGCAACAUCCUGUGUGACACCCUCGGCCUGCUCAUCAUCUGCGUCGUCGUGUCGACCAUCUGCUGCUCCCUCUCCUUCUGGGCCCUGCCGUCUAUCAUCGCCCGCACAAAUGUUUUUGCCUACCUCAACACGGUGGUGUACAUCCACGCUGUGAGUCCGUUGCAGACCUUUUACAUGAACUCCAACAAAUGCAAAGGCGACUUUCCGAACUUCACCUUCACCUUCUAUAGCACCGUUGCAGGCGUCAUCGGCAACAUCGCUGGCCUGGUUGGUGUGGCCGCCUUCAACUACCUCUUCUCCAAGCAGAACUACCAGGUGACGUACAUCGUAACGACGGUGUUGCAGGUGCUCGCUGCUGUCUUCGACAUCAUCAUCAUAAAGCGGUGGAACGAGUACAUCGGCGUUCCGGACCACGCCAUGUACAUCUGGGGUGAUGCCGUCGUGCAGCAGAUCGUGUACAUGCUCGGCUUCAUGCCAGUCGUGGUCUUGAUGUCGCGCCUGUGCCCCCGCGGGUCGGAGAGCGUGGUGUACGCGCUGAUGGCCGGCUUCUCCAACCUCGGCCAGACCACGGCGUCGUCCAUUGCGGCCAUCAUCAUGGAGUACGGCUGGUCCGCCUUCGCGGAAAACGACAAGUGCAACUAUGAGAAUCUGCCGUGGCUGGUUUUCGUCUGCAGCGUCAUGACCCCGCUGCUGGCGAUCCCGCUGAGCUUCAUGCUGCCCAUCGCCCGCAUCAUCGAUGACGUCGACAUCGACGGCAACGUGGUGCGCGCACAGGUGGACAAGAAGGUGGUGGCGGAGGAGGUGCUGACGGAGCACACGGACAGCGCGGAGCAGGAGGUCCUUGACACAUCUCCCGUGACCGGCAAGUAG